AUGUUGAAACCGAAGAGGAUUUUCCCGACGGUGACGGUAUUCAUCGCGUUUAUAAUCACGAUAUUAUGUCUCUUCGCGGGGACGCAGAAGAAUUUCCUAGAAAACGUCGAUCUCUUGACGUUAUACACACCAGAAGGCAGUACCGACAGUACCGCGCACGAUUUCUAUUCCGUCCACAUCAUGUCCUAUUGCCAGGGGACAUUAGGAGCGUCUGAUCCCGGCGCGCGAGUGACACGAAACGUGACCGAGUGCUCGCACCGCAAGAUUCUCUUCUCCUUCGACCCGACCCAAGAGUGGCCGGUCACUCACGACGAGAACCUGGAGUGGCCGCGCGUGAUCAGCGACGACUUCCAUGCGUUUAGAAUGACCACUCGGUCGAUGGCGGUGUUGUACAGUAUCGGGGUUGGCGCGAUGGGCGCGGCGCUCCUAGUUAAAUUGUGGACCGCCGUUGCCCCCCGAGCCGGGCAGGGCUUAUUCGAAUGCGGGUUUAUGGUGCUCGGAUCUCUCUGUGUCAAUGUCGCAUCCAUCAUCGCGACAGUGCUGGCGUUUGAGUUCGUGGAUUUGAUUAACGCCCACGGUAAGGGGUCGAAUGUGUCGGCCAAGUAUGGGGAGAAACUGCUCGGGAUGACCUGGGCUGCUGCGGGGUUACUCCUGGUGGGCAGUGCUGUGUGCUUGAUUAAUACAUUCCGGCCUGCUGCGCCUAUUGAAAAGGCCGUGGACGACAUGGAGGGGUAG